GCUGCGCCCCGGGCCUGAGCCGCCCGCCGUCCCCGCCCCGGCCUGCGCGGCCAAGCCCGGCGGGCUCGCCUCCGAGGGGCACUUGCCGCUGAGGUGGAGCGUUUGCACCAGACGCUCCUGCUCCUGCCCCCUCCCUCCCCCCCCCCUCCCCUCCCCCUCCCUCCUCCCCUCCGGUCCUGUCUCCAGCGGGAGCGCGAGACGCUGGUCAGGCUCCGCGGCGCAGCUCGGGAACGAAUAAUCGCCCCCGGCUGACUUGGAUUCCGCCGGAGCCGGCGCCGCGGCCGCCGCCGCCCGGGACCCGCUCGCCGUGGUUUUCGCUUUCUCCAUUCUUCCUUAAAAAAAAAAAAAAAAAAAAAAAGGCAAAACCAAACCAGCCGGCCAGCCAACCAAGAACCCGGUUUGUUGAUCGCCUUGGUUUUUUUUUUUUUUUUUUUUUUUUUCACCGUUUGCGGGAUUUGCAGACCGAGUUACAUGCAUGUCCAGUGGGGGUAGGUUUAAUUUUGACGACGGAGGGUCCUACUGUGGAGGCUGGGAGGACGGCAAGGCGCACGGCCAUGGCGUCUGCACCGGCCCCAAGGGCCAGGGCGAAUACACCGGCUCGUGGAGCCACGGCUUCGAGGUGCUGGGCGUCUACACCUGGCCCAGCGGCAACACGUACCAGGGCACUUGGGCGCAGGGCAAGCGCCACGGCAUCGGCCUGGAGAGCAAGGGGAAGUGGGUGUACAAGGGCGAGUGGACGCACGGAUUUAAGGGGCGCUACGGGGUGCGGGAGUGCACGGGCAACGGGGCCAAGUACGAAGGCACCUGGAGCAACGGGCUGCAGGACGGCUACGGCACGGAGACCUACUCCGAUGGAGGGACCUACCAGGGCCAGUGGGUCGGUGGCAUGCGCCAAGGCUACGGGGUGCGGCAGAGUGUCCCCUACGGCAUGGCGGCGGUCAUCCGCUCGCCCCUGAGGACGUCCAUCAACUCUCUGCGCAGCGAGCACACCAACGGCGCAGCGCUGCACCCCGACGCCUCCCCGGCAGUGGCCGGCAGCCCGGCCGUGUCCCGAGGGGGCUUCGUGCUGGUGGCCCACAGCGACUCCGACAUCCUCAAGAGCAAGAAGAAGGGGCUGUUCCGGCGCUCGCUGCUGAGCGGGUUGAAGCUGCGCAAGUCCGAGUCCAAGAGCAGCUUGGCCAGCCAGCGCAGCAAGCAGAGCUCGUUCCGCAGCGAGGCCGGCAUGAGCACGGUCAGCUCCACGGCCAGCGACGUCCACUCCACCAUCAGCCUGGGCGAGGCCGAGGCCGAGCUGGCCGCCAUCGAGGACGACAUCGACGCCACCACCACCGAGACCUACGUGGGUGAGUGGAAAAGCGACAAGCGCUCGGGCUUCGGCGUCAGCCAGCGCUCCGACGGGCUCCGGUACGAGGGCGAGUGGGCCGGCAACCGGCGGCACGGCUACGGCUGCAUGACCUUCCCCGACGGCACCAAGGAGGAGGGCAAGUACAAGCAGAACGUGCUCGUCAGCGGCAAGCGCAAGAACCUCAUCCCGCUGCGCGCCAGCAAGAUCCGCGAGAAGGUGGACCGCGCCGUGGAGGCCGCCGAGCGGGCCGCCACCAUCGCCAAGCAGAAGGCGGAGAUCGCGGCCUCCAGGACUUCCCACUCCCGGGCCAAGGCUGAGGCGGCCCUCACCGCAGCACAGAAGGCCCAGGAGGAGGCGCGCGUCGCCAGAAUCACUGCCAGAGAGUUCUCGCCCUCCUUCCGGCCCCGGGAAAACGGGCUCGAGUACCAGCGGCCGAAGCACCCAAUUUCCAGCAGUGACAUCGAGGUGGCCUCCACGGGGACGCCCCUGCAGCAGGAGAGCCCCGAGCUGUACCGCAAAGGCACCACCCCCUCGGACCUGACCCCCGACGACAGCCCCCUGCAGAGCUUCCCCGCCAGCCCCACGGCCACCCCGCCCCCGGCCCCUGCCUCACGGAACAAGGUUGCCCACUUCUCCCGGCAGGUCUCGGUGGACGAGGAGCGAGACGGGGACAUCCAGAUGCUCCUGGAGGGCCGGGGCGGGGACUACGCCCGCAACAGCUGGGGCGAGGAGGCCGGCGGCUCCAGGGGCAUCCGCGGCAGCGCCCUCCGGAGCGGCCAGCCCGCGGACGACAUCCGCUGCCGGGGCUCGGGCCACAAGCAGCCCGGCAACCCCAAGUGCCGGGAGCGACGGACGGAGUCACCCCCGACGUUCUCCUGGACUUCGCACCACCGGGCCAGCAACCCCGGCUCUGGGGGCGCCAAGCUGCUGGAGCUGGAUGAGGAGAAGCUGAGCAACUACGAGAUGGAGAUGAAGCCGCUGCUGAGGGUGGACGCGCACGCGCAGGAGGCCCACCCCCAGAAGAGACGCUACAGCAAGGGGGCGGCCUGCCGGGGCCUGGGGGAGGACCACCGUGCCGACGACCGGGGCUUCGGGGCACAGAGACUGCGGUCCAAGUCCCAGAACAAGGACAGUGCCCGGCCGGCGCCCUGCGCGGAGCCCGCGGUGCAGAGGCUGGAGAGCCUGCGGCUGGGGGACCGCGCUGAGCCCCGGCUGCUGCGCUGGGACUUGGCCUUCUCCCCGCCUCAGAAGUCCUCACCGGUGGCGCUGGAGUCGGACGAGGAGAACGGGGACGAGCUCAAGGCCGGCACGGGCUCCGCCCCCAUCCUCGUGGCCAUGGUGAUCUUGCUCAACAUCGGAGUCGCCAUUUUGUUUAUUAACUUUUUCAUCUGACGGGAUGUCACGUUAGCAAAGACAACAGUUCGUGUACAAAGGGACGUGACCCACGACAACCGGGAAGGAUCGCGACUCGGACGGCCCGACCACACCUUCUGAGUCUUUUCGCAGAACACGACUGGGUAUUACUCACAGUUUGCCUUUUUUUCUGGGUAAUGUUUUUUGGAUUUUAGCCAAAAUUCUUUGCUUGUAUAACACGAUGCUGUGUGGCAUGGCAGAAGGAGGCCAGCACCCCGACCCUCCAGCUUGGUGUGGAAAGAAAGGGAUCCCAGCAAACCAGUGGCCACAAACUAAGACGGCCACCGUCCCGCCGCCGUCACAUCCCGCCGGGACGGGAAAAGGAGGCAGCCGGACGAAGACGCCUGCGCGUCCAGCUGUGCCCGGCAGAUCGGGAAGCAGCUGCUGCGAGGCUGCGUGCGGGAAGCCUGCUACCUCUGCUUUUCCUCCGCGUCCUGGAAGAGCAAGCGAGUGACCCGGGUGGGCGCGCGGCGGGGAAGAGGGCGCGCCGACCCCCCACCCCGGCAGCAGCGGGGCCUCGGUCGGAAUCUGUGCUGUGUACCUGAGCAAGCGGGGACCUGCCGCCCCUUCCCAUCCCCACCCCUGCCCUCUGCUUCCUCUGGCCUUCACGGCGAGGCCAGCUGCCCACCAAGUCUGAAAGCAAAGUCCUAAAACUCCUGCCUCCGACCUGCCCCACCCCACCCCCGCCCCGACCCCCAGGAAGCAGGGUUGCGGAGGAGCCAGAGGGCAGGGAGCGCUGUGGGCUCACGGAGUGUGGCAUCUGUACACGUGGCGUGCAGAAAGUGUGCCCAGGCCCCUUGUCCCCCUCAGACGUCAUGGCAGUGACGCCAUCCUUUCUCGCGGUCACUAAGCACACGGGUUCUCACGUCUCUGUCCUGUGCCGGCCGCCACUCCGCACCCCCAGAUGUGCACACUCCUUCCAGAGGCCGGAUUCAUGCUCUGGAGCUGGUGUGGUCCCAGGACAGGAAUGUGGGCGAAACCCAGUGGCUUAAAAUUCCUGAGCAGUGGUGGCCCGUCCCCUCCCCGUCCCAACACCACGUUAACUGGUUUCAGUCAGUUCUGCCUUCUCGACCGGCAUCGCUCCGUCCUCCAAAUGAAAGAACAAGGUUCCGGAAGGUUUGGGCGCCCUGUGGUCCUAGCGCCGGAGCCAGCCCCGGCCCGUGGGUAUGGACGUGUCUGUGGGGCACGGCCACGUCCAUACGCAGGCCACCGCGCUCCCGCAUGGGACGGUCCUGACCGUGAGCUUCCACAGCCGUCCUGGACACAGCCCGGCUAUGGACUCUGCCUUGCUUUGCUUAUGUCUAGCUGUUUCUCUGCUACCUUUCGAGCAGAUUUCUUUACUACACUGCACUGGAUUGCUAUAUUUUUAACCAGAAAUAAACUCAAGAUUAGAGCAUGUUCCAGUUAAACCCAGCAUCGUUUGUUCCGUCCCACAUCCAUGCCCCCUUCCCCUCACCUUGUUUAGUCGGGGGGUCUUUCCUGGGGGCCCGGGGCAGAGGAGAGUGAGGAUCCGUUAAGAAAUACGCGGCUGCUGACGUCGCUUCCUAACGGGAAAUGACAUCUUUUUGCACAUCUUACCUUCCGUGCUUUCUGCUCAGACCCGAGGUGGACCAGAGACUCCGGCUCCUGGCGGCUCAGAGCCCUCCGUGCUGGGACGUGGGUCUGAGAGUUCUGUCUCUGCCUCUUGGCAAAGACUUCCAUACAUUCCGGGGACAGCAGGACACAAAACGGGGCCUGGAGCGGCAGGUUACACGCACACGCACGCACGCACAUGCACGCGCGCUGGCCUGGGAGGAGCAGAGAAGCGCAAGCCGCCGCCCCGUGACGGCAGGAGUGAUGUCAUGACGAGGAGCUCGUGUCCCAGCACACACCGGCCCCGUGACCCCAGCCGUGACCCCACACGGCCCAGCCUUCCCUGCACACCCAGGGGGCUCCCCGUGGGUUCCACCCCAGCCAUGAUGUCCUGGGGCUGAGGGAAUCCAGAAGCUGCUUCUUCCCUGGCUUCCCAACCGAUUAGGACCAGGCAGCUUGGCAGUCCCGAGAGCUGCUGCUCGCCGGGCUGGCUUCUCCUCCCGGCCCAGAGCCUCCGGCUCCCCCAGCAGGUGCCGGUCCUCCCCGGGGCCAGGGAAGCUCCCCAGCUUCUCUCCCGUACGCUCCCGGAGGACGCGCACGCAGAGCUAGACCGGGCCCCACGGGCCCGUUGGGAAAGCACAGGCGAGCAGGUCAGGGCCGGCCCCCCGUAGCUCGAAGCGCCGACACGUUUUAAUUACUCCCAGAGCAACCUGGCGAGAGUCCUUUUCUCCCGUGACAACGUCUUCCACACUCUAGAUGUGAAAGCCGGAGGCAGAGAAACUGAGCGACCGGAGCCCCCGAGCCCAGGCCCAUGGGGGGGUGGGGCAAACAGGUCCCCGGUCCAUGCCCAGCUCCUGCCGCCGCCCCCUCCCCGGCUGGGAAACCUGCACCCACAGCUCACCCCAAAAGACCCGGGAAGCACACUGCCCUCCGGGUCCGCAGGCGCACUCGUCUGCGCGCACAAAGCACCUGCGGCGUUACCAGACGCCCGAGGAAACUUACAAGGCGGCUGUGCUUUCCGAACCCUGCUCAGUGCCAGUGACGUGCUUGGAACAAUGUCAAGCACGCGGAAAGUCACCCACAUGUCUAAGCUUCCCAACCGUUAGCACACGGGAUUCCAAAGACACAAAGCAGGGAAGCAGCACAGGAGCCUAAGUGACCGGCAGGGAGGGGACGGCGGUGGGGGGAACUUCCGGUAGCCACAGAAGGACAAUACCCGUUGCCAAAAUCGCUGUCCCCAGAAGUCCACCAUCACAGUUACGGCCGACAAGCUCGCGUCUGUCGAAAUGACUGCAAGGGCUGUGUGCACACACACAACUGUAGGGUAAUGGCUCCCUGCCACCUGACCAACCCAGACUCCCCGGCAACGCAGGAAGAACACGGGCAGGUCCCCGCAGCCCACAGCCACCCCUCGGGAACCGCGUCUGGUGCCCACACCAAGAGGGGUCGCAGAGGGCAGCCCCACAUCCUGGUCCUAAAGGUGCUCCCUUUCCCUUUCAAGAGAAUCCCUAUUUGGACAACCCAUUAAGUGGGGACAAUCCUCCCCGCUUUAAGCCAAGGGACGUCACCGAAAGCCCCAGAGCAGGGACGAGACGCUACAUACAGCCGGACGCAGACGAACAUCUGGGCACUGAAGCAAAGUGGUUUCUUGCAUGUUUCAGUUCAGGUGUUUUGACCACCUUUUCUCAUCCCCCUCCUGAUUCAGCACCAGUGUUGGGGUCCCCCUUGAGGCAGUCUCACUUGCACCCACGGGGGGACACGCUUCGGACGCCCGCGGUGCCUUCCUCCAGGAGCAGGGGCUCGCUGGAGGGCGCAGAAAGACACGGCUCACGGUCGAGGAGCGCCAGCCUCGGCGCGGAUGAAGCUGACUUUCCUCGACUCCUGCAGGUCUUGUCUUCCGGUUUUUCUUGCCUUCGGUCUCAGAAACUUAUCAUAAAGGUGCCUACUAGAUUUUCAGCCUCUAGUCCACAGCCGCACGUGCUGUCGGGCCCCCCACUCCACAGCCAGCACUGAGGAGCACGGACGUUUCGCGUUUCCGUGGUGUCCUGCCUCGGACAGGACUUGCCCAGGUCAGUCCAGCACAAACGAGAAGCAACAAGACCAGAAUCCCAGAUGAGAAAUAGGAGUAGGGGUGAUGGGCUCUCGGCAAACAAGGGGUCUUGUUAGUUUCCCCCUGCCCGGGCCCGGCCACGUGUCCCACGCUACUGCCAGCAACGACUCGGAGCGUGACCUGCCCCUGAGACCCGUUCCCAAGAAGUGUCGCUCACAGCCUUAAGAGCAUCAGGAAAAAGUGCAGCUACCUGAGCUCCAAAACGGAAGAACGGCGCUGCAUUUUUCCAGUCCAAAAGCUCUGGGAGCCAAGGGUCGCAGGCACUGAAAGCGUCUGAGGAAGGUUGGGGGGGGCGGCGCUGGGCACCUCAAAAAGCAACAGACAGAAGACACCAGCUCGCGUGCCCCUGGACGCGGAAGACCCCCAAGGACGGCUGCGCCUUCUCCCCAAGAGCACCCACCAAGGAGAAAGGGUGCCUCUGCAUGAAACCCCAACACGGAGGUGCCUGAGAUACAAAAGGGCAAACGCGUCAUCGCAGCUUGUUCCUCGGCCUCCAAGAAGCAGGCGGCCCAGCCGCGAGCAGCCCAGGACCCGUCGGGGUGUGCGGCCGAGACCCCAGGCUUCGGGGACGGCCGGGAAGACGGAGAGCAGCACACUCACACCUACCUCACUUCGGUCUGCGCCCGCCGUCCCCCCCCCCACCGCACCCCCGGCACACAGCUCACUGCUGCGUCUGCGCGCGCCCGCCCCGGCUGGGCCGCCACUGCGCGGGGACACAGGGACGGAGCAGCCUGAACCCACGAAGGGCAGGAGGCCCCAAGGGGUGGCGGGACAGGUGCUGGCGGGGCCCCUGCCCCGGUGGUCCCUCGCACGCCUGCUACCAAGAUAAGAGAUGAGCAGGCUGCAGCGCCCCAGUCCCUUAAGAUGAGAGUCACCGACAAGUCACAGAGGAAGGGCUUUCCACCACGAGGCCAACCGCGAGGCCAAGAGCACGAAGGGCGUCUCCCUCCCUGACACCGUCAGGCGCGGGGCAGCCCACACCACGCAGCCCAGUGCUCCUCAGCCAGCGGCACCCACGCCACCCGCCUGCGAAGGGCAGGAGAGCAGUCGGGGGGAGGGCUGCCCUCCAGUCACCCGGCGGGGCUUCCCCAAGGGGCGGGGUUCGGGGAGAAGACGGGUCUGGGCGCAGGCGGCGGGCAUCCGCGGCUCAUGCGUGGCCGGGGUCCCCCUGACUGCAGGGCCGACCCCGACAGCCGGACUCGGCUCACCUGCACCGCCCACCGCGCCCAGAGAAACGAGGCCCGCCGCAGCCCAGCAGUCCCAGCGGCCCUCACCGCGUGGGGGAGCGGCGCGUGCGCACCCGCCCUCCCUGACAGAGAUGCCUUCCCGUGAAUUCGAACCGCAGUCGGUCUCGGUCUGCAUCUCCCUUUCCCACGCUUCCCCCCGGUGCAUGUGACCGUUACUACCGUGCGAUCGUUUGUGCAUUGACAAAAAGGGAAUGUCGACUGUGUUUUUGAUUUUUCUGACCGAUGAAGCAGCUAAGUAUGUUACCUCGCUAUUUUACCUUUUAGCCGGAAAAUAGCUUCGUCACUCACAAAGUGAAAAUUAAGACCUUCUCCUUCAUGAAUGUAACACUCGACGUCAUACCGUUAUUAUGUAUCUCGCUCUCUGAGAGCAAGGGACACUGUCAAGAUUUACAGCACUUUUGCUCCUUUUAGUAAUAAACGUCAUCAUGUGAAAA